AUGUCUGCUAUUCAUAUCGAAAAACUUGAUGAUGAAAAUAUUGUUUUUAAAUUUGCUAAUGGUUCACUGAAAGUAACUAUUCGACAGGGUGAUUUAAGUAAAGAAAUAUGUGAUGCUGUUGUUAAUCCAACAAAAGAAUCGAUGCUUCCCAAUGGAGGAUUGGAUGAAACAAUACAUAAAACGAUGGGUACUCUUUUUGUUAACCAAGUAAUAGCAGUUAGCCAAGAAUUGCAAGAUAAUUCAUGUCCUAUUGGACAAUCACGAAUAUUUGUUGCAAAGAAUCGUCAAAAUCGAAAUAUCGCUCUUUUUGUUAUAAAUACUGUAGGUCCAGUUUAUCAUAGUGAAGAAAAAGAAAAAUCUGCUUUUCUUUUACAAUCAUGUUAUUCUACAUCGUUUGCAUUAGCUAAUCUAUAUUCAUUAACAUCAAUUGCUUAUCCAGCAAUAUCAUGUGGAGCAAAUCAUUUUCCUCCACAAGAAGCAGCACAAGUUGCUAUUGAAUCAGUAAGACAAUAUUCAUGUAAUGUUAAAGAUGUUCGAUUUGUAUUAUUUGAACGGCCAAUCUAUGAUGUUUUUGUUAAAGAAUGGACAAAUUAUUCACAGAAAAUCAAUCAAGCAGCUAAUACUACUACAACUACUACGGGUGAAAGAGAUAGAUUUCGAAUAGCAUCACAAUCAUCAUUGGUUUCAAUUCGAAAUUGUAUUCUUUGUGAUGAACAACAGUUACCAGCUAAUCGAGAACAUUUAUGUACGAAGUGUUCAGAGUCAACGCGUUCAGUGAUAUUUGAUAAAUUUUUACAACGAUUAUGUAUUGCAGCUGAAACCUCAUUUCAUGAACUUGAAAAAGCAUGUAAAUUAUUAAAACCAAUAUUAAAUUAUUAUCCACUUCUAUAUACUCCAGUACAAAAAUUUGAUCAAAGUAUUCAUCCACGUGAUUCUGCUGCUGAGUAUUAUGUACAAAAUCAAUGUAAUAAAGAAUUUCGUAAUACAAUGCCAGUAGCCAUUGUUGGAGAUGGAAAUUGUUUUUAUAAUACAUUUCUUAAAUUAGCUGGAGCUGGUACAACGACUGAAGCAUCAGCAGUUACAUCUAUUGAACUUCGAGCUCGAAAUAUAGUUGAACUUGUUCUUCGUAUAAAUGAAUACAAAACUAAAUAUGAACCAUUACAGAUGAUUCUUGAUGAGUUUGAAGAUUAUGUUCGAAAAGAAAUGGUACAUGAUACACAUUUUGCAGCUAUUUGGGAUCUUCUAAGUAUCCCAACUGUACUUAAUAUUGAUGUUAUAAGUGUUUAUCCCAAAGUGAAUGGUGAUAGUGAUCUACAUUAUCAAAUGCUUAAUGUUAAAAGAUUUAGUCCAUUAACAAGUAAUGAAACAAUAAAUGAUACACAAUCAAAAGUUGACGCACCAAAAACAGUUGGAGAUGUGAAACUUCUUUUUUCACAUUGUAAUAAACCAUUAAAAUUGGGGACUGUAAUACAAAAUUGGAUGCCUAAUCAUUUUGUACCACUUCUCAAUUUGUGA